AUGGCAGAGAAGAACAAAACACAGCGAGACAUAAGUGAUUCUUCGCUUUCUUCUUCUGAUAUGUCAGAAACUGGUGAUGUUGAGUCGCCCAUAAUGGCAGAUGUGCUGUCUCCUCCACCCACAGCAAGUGUCAAGCCUGCUCGCAAGAGAAGUCGAAGAUCGUAG